AUAAUAGACUAUUGCACAUGUCAAUCAAUGUCGUUCAAAAUAUAUAAUUCUUUGAGUGGGAAUUGUCAUAUACGAUAAAAACGGCAAUGUAACACACUUCCCAUAUCACAAUAUAUCAUCAGACUAUUUCAAAACGGAUGUCAAAAGCCUCAAGUUCACGAUAUCUUCACGUGAUGACUUCUCGCUGUCUGUGAAAGAGGUUACGGUAAUACGGAGUAUUAACCAUGCGUUUCAGAUUUAGAUCUGGGGAGCACGCCCUCAGAAAUUUACAUGGAUAUUUUUGUGUUUAUAAGCCUGAGGGUAUGAAGAUAAAAGAACUGGUGGAAACUGUACAUACAAAACUUUUGCAAGAGAUCAAUGGUUUACCAAAUUACUGUUUGGAGACAACAAAUAAAAGACUUCUGCCCAGUCCACAAAACCUUAUUGAAGGACAUGCUGCUUGUGGUCCAGAGCUGUUGGUUGCUGCAAGUCCAGAAAAGUCAUUGGUUGAAUCAAAUAGUAAUUUAGCUACUCAGACAACCUCAAGUUCACUGGCCCUUAGGACACAACAACAGUUGUCAGAGUCUGAGAUAUUGAGCAAUCGUCUUGUUUUGGGUGACCGGUAUGAGCCAGAAGAUUUACAUUUAUUUGCAAACACUGGACUUGGACGGUACUCUUCAGGAAUAGUCGUUAUUGGAUCUGGAAACUUCAGAUACAGAGCCAAAAAACUGAGUAAUAGAUACAUACAGGUAUACCAUGUGAAAGGUCGUCUGGGAUGGGCAUCAGACUCCUAUGACACCAGAGGGCGCAUUGUUGAGAGGAGCACUUUUAGCCAUGUGAACAUGUCUUUGGUGGGGAAGGUGUGUGCCGCUAUGGAAGCUAACCAUCAGAGGAAGAUGUUUGACUAUGCUGGAGUUAACCCUGAGAGUCAGGAGGCAUAUGAACUGGCCACCCAGGGACUACUGCGACCAGAGGUGUAUCUACCACACCCAAUCAUCUACAGUAUCAAGUGUGUAGGAUUUGACCUGCCACACUUUACACUGGAGAUCCAUGCCAUCAAUGAAAAGUGUCAUUAUCUAGCGGAGGUAAUCCAUAACUUGGGACUGUUAAUGAAAACAACAGCAGUGUGUGCUGGUGUCCGCAGGAUUCGGAGUGGGAUCUAUGAUAUAAACUAUGCUCUGUUAUAUCAGGAUUGGAAUCUGUACAAAAUCACAAACAAUAUCAAGCAGUGCUCGGUCAUCCGGCCACCACCAUUUCAACGAAAACUCAGUCCAACUUUAGGUUAUUUAAACAAGAGAAAUAAAGGUGUGUUCAGAUACAAUAAGAAACCUCAGCCAGUAUCUCCAGAAAUAAGUAUGGCAGAGAAGCUUAAGCUCGAGGAAGAAUCCUUGGAGAGGCAAAAACUGCAAGGAGAAGUGCAAAUGUUGCUGUCAAGUAAAUUAACUGAAGAAGAAUGUGUAGAAAAGGAUGAAAAGACAAAGGAGUAGAUGUUUAUUGUAGGGAAGGAUUUUAGGAUAGUAGUAAUAAUACAGCAUUGUGUUGAAAACAACUUGUUCGAGGAUAGAGACAUUACUCGGGAUAAUUUUUCUAUUAAAUAAGUGUUAUAGACUUUGUGUUUUGAACUUCUCAGAAAGCAAUUCAGCAUUUGUUUUUCAAUAUGAAUUUGAAAGUAGCACUUUUCCAAAUUUAACAAUAUGUUAAUUUACAUUGAAAUUAGUUAAAGGUUUACCUGGAAUAUUUGUUACUCUGUGUAGCGGUAUCCGUUCAUGGUCAAACAACAUGUCCCCAAAAUCCAAUUUCAUCAAUAUUCCUUAACAUUUAAAUUGCCCACAGGAAAUCAUUACAGAAUUUCCGAAAAACUACUAAACUAAGAUUUUCUUUAAAUCCAACAAUGCUUUAAUUUAAGGAUUUUUUAAGUUAAAGGAGCAUUGAUGAAACUGAGCCUGGUGGCCUAUAUAUAGACACAAUAUUAGCUAAGCCUAGUUGGGGGUGAAGGAUUAUGAUCAACUUUGUUCAAAGUUAUUACCCGAACGACCUACAAUUUAUUCGCUAAUGACAUUGGAGUAUAAGAGUCCCAUUUUGCCUGUAGCUUGUAAUUGUUAAGAUGAAAGUAUUUUGUAGUUAGAAACAGCUGAAAUAUGCUAUAUGACGCUGCUCACAAAAAAGUAACAUAAUUUUUCGUUGAGUAACCAUGUCAUAAAUGAUGAUUUCAAUCAAUUUUGACGCACAUUCCAAGGAGCAUUGUAGAUGGUGUGAUGAAAAACUUUCAUUUGCUUGCAAGUAUGUGGGAAAAAUAAUCAAACAUGGGUCUGUUCCGCAAACAAGGAUGUCUCAACCCAUUCUUAAUAGAUUGGCCAGUCAGCACGAGGCUUGCCAAGCGCUGGUCAGCCAAACUCUUACACGGAACAGACCCAUGUUAGAUUCUAUUAGUAUAUCAUCUACAUAAAUGUUAACUGACAUCUUCACAAAUCCGACAAGCAAUUAGUCCUAUCGACGUCUGGUUCAACAUGCUUUGUACAAGAAUGGAAUUUUUUAUUUGAACAUUAUUGAUUAUCUUGAUUAAAAGGAAUUUGUGUUAA